AAGUAUUUUUGUCCGUAAUCUUAACGCUCGAUAGUGUUUGCGUAAAAGAAAUAUAAAUGACUCGGGUAGAAAUUUGAAGAAGAACCUAUCGUUCUCGUAAUUGCAAUGAUUGCGAUACUUUCAAGCCGGGCCAUUAGCUCGCGAACGCGACCUCGUUAAAGAACUGGUCACCAAACUCGCAGUUGCAGUUGCAGUUGCAUUCGGUGAUAGGCGAGCGUUACGUAUACUACCUCGGCACGUGUACAGCAUGUUUCGGUAACGCGCGAGUGUCGCUUCGAACGAGGCUAAAUAUAAGUCGGAAACGAAAAAGAAUAACCUCCCGCCUAGAAACGCGUUACUCGCCUCAACUAUCCGCUCUUCGUCACAUUCGUUUCGGAGCAUUACGCUGCAACACGCGUUGCGUUUCCGACCGCGUUUAGUGCCAUCACCAUCGCGCUUCUCUUUUGAUCCAUCAUUAUUCCAGUGUCUUCCCCAUCUGUCUCUAAUAUCUAUCAAAAACUAUUUUUCCAUGAAUAUACAUAGCGAAAUAGUCGACACAUUGGUGUACCGCGAAAAUGACAAGCAGACGUCGAAUAGAAUAUCCAAAUGGAAAUUAACAAUUUCGCGAGUGAUGUAUAAUUGAAAUUAACGACUCGUGUCAUCGAAGCACGUGUAGAUUUUGGCAACGUUGUGGAACAGUGUGUAAAAUUUAGAAGAUGAGAAUUCGGGCCUCUCUCUGCGGUCCGGCGUCCGAGGGUUAAAAUAACGCAGUGCUCCGUGAUUGUUUAUUUCAGUAAACUACACGGUUUACUUUGGAGCUUCGAAUAGAAACUCGCGAAGAAUUCCUUUACUAUGGUAUAACGAUAUUUUAAGUACCUUUUAUGUCACGUUUCGUAAUCUACCGUACGACAAUCCAAUAUUUCUAUGCGGUAUCGGGCCUGGUUCGAAGGAAGCGCCGAUUCAACAGGUACCCGAGUUAGGUGAAAUAACAACGUCGUUUGCUCGUUUAUGCAAGCCACUACGUGACUCAACGUACUCGUGUUUUUUUAUGAAUCAUAUCGUUUGACGAUCGUUCGACAUACAAAGCUAUCGAUUGCAAUUCCGUUCAACUCGAUAUGCAGAUCGGCCUGAUAGUCGAUCGUAGAAUUGAAUAAGUACCUGGAAUCUUUUCUAGAUAACAUUUUUUAGGUAAUUCUUAUUAAAUAAUGAAUCAAAUUAAAUUCACGACACGGAUGAUCUCCUCUUCUUCCCACUUAAAACCGGUGCAUCAAGAAUCGUAAUUAGCAUAUUUUAUUCGAAACUGCGAACGUUUCCGGGUAUCGUAAGAAAGAUUUACGACGCGAGGGCGUUAACGUUGAACUGAAAUUUUCUCGCGGUACCGUCGUCUCUCGUUUUUCUGGCGGUACGCUACGGUGCACCGUUUGUUCUCUUGUGCAAUACGCGUGUACGCAACAUAAUACGGAUAUAAUUGUUUGACGUUGUUGUAUAAUACGCGGUAUUCAACGUGGAUCCAGUCACGAGUGGAACGUCGCCGCGCAAACAGCCUCGAAUUACGACGCGAUCACGCGCUCCUACCGUUCUUUUCCUCUCCGGUUAAUAAACGCUUGAAAUCGCGCCGUUUCGAUCCGCUAAAUCAAAUUAUUCUUCGUCGAACGGUUGUACGGCGCGAUAGAAUCGGAAGGAAUUAAAAUAAAAGUAUUAAGUUUGAAAUUCUCGAGAUUUUACUUCACCGUAAACCUUGAACGACCGAGUAAUCUGUGCACCGGUGACGAUAUUGAUUCGAUCGAUCUGCCGAUCGACUGAUAAUUAAUUAGAGGACGUCGCGUCUAUAUUUAGCUGUUUACCUUCGCUGUGCACGCGAAUUCGUAAAAUUCUUGUCGUUCAACCUGUGAAAGCCAAUAGAAAAAGAAAAAUGUGCUUCACCGUGAUCGGGACCGUGUGAAAAACAAACGCGGCUGGUGAUCGGUCGAGGUGCAAAGUGCGCGGUAAAGCGACGAGGAGAGGCUGGAAAAAACGAUAAUUUGCGAAAUUGGAACGCAAAAGCUGAACGAUAACCGGCGGUGAAUGGUUUACGUAACGCGUACUGGAGCAAGGUGCGACCGAGACGUUCACGAUCCACGCUCGUACCUUUUAGCCGGUUUUUUACGAAUCGGCCGAUGUUUCGAAUAGCUGGAAAUUUACGGUGAAAAGCUGGGGUCGAACGUGGCACGGUUGCCCGAGCCGGGAAUCUCUGUUUUUGUCGAACGCGUCGCGAGUGUAUCCCGUUCGCUGGGAACCUGCCAGCGAAUCUGAACCCGAUCUUAACGAUCUGCCGUUUGAAAAUUGUACAUCAAAGUCGAAAGAAAAUCGUCGUGGUUGAACGUUUCGCGAGAGGGGACCUCGUUCGAUGAACCUGCACAGUGACCGCGUGCAAACUCUUACAAGUUUGCCGUUUCCACGUUUGGUUUCGCGUUCGUUACACGACGUUUUAAACACGGUUACAGUUUCGCGGAGAUAAUGGUAAUUAGUGUUUGCAUUGGGUUGUUUGGAAAGUUUACAGCUUUUAAGUACCGAGCUGAUAACGUCGAGGUGAAACAAUUAUGUAAUCGAAUGAGGUGUUAUAGAAUUUCAAGACUAUAAUCGUUACUUUUCUAUACUAAUUAAGAUUUCUAUUCAAUGAAUUAUCAGUUCCGAGCUACGAAAGUCAGGUUUCUGUGAAUAUUAAUAGGCUAUUUAGCCUAUCGCGCGAUGCAAAUUACCGGUACGCGACGAAUAACAGUGGUGCUCCAAUUAAGACAACCUCCCCUUCCUAUCGUUUCGAAGCCUCCACCGUGCUUCUCCCACCGCGAGUGGAACAGUCGGACGUUAACUCGUUUCCACCGUAUCCCGGACACGCGUUUCGAGUGAAAAGCCUCGCGAUUCGGUGGCGAGAGAAAAAUGGAAGAGGCGAGACACGCGUGGGCGUCGCUAAAGUCGAUCAGAAAAUUAUCGUCGUUGAGCAACGGUAAUAACGAGGGUAACGGUAGCUCUACAACUAUCUGGUACGACGUCCCGGUGCCCGUCAUCAUCCACUGCCACGAGUUUCCCGAGGCUCGCGACACAUCGAACGCUUCGAACGAGCAAGAAGCGCGAGAAGAAGAAGCGUGUCAAACGGAGGAACAGGUGGUGAGCGAGGAAAUAUUCGAAACGGGCGACGUCCGCGAGACGACGAUGGAACGCAUGGACAGCGGUGAGAAACGGCACAGGAACACGGUGGAGUUGACCGCGGUCUCCUCGGUGAAAACCGACGAGGACGGGGUGCCGGAGAUCAGGUUCAGUUUCCUCCGAGCGAACGGCUCAUCCGUGGUGCUCGAUCGGUCCUCCGUCAGCGAGGCCGAGGAAACUGUUACGGGUAUCGGUAAGGCCACGGUCACGGUCACGGCCACGGCCACCGACACGCUCGACAACAGUCAAGACGCGUCCACGCAAAAUCGGCUGUACGACUUUCCUAAGAGUUUACACGUGGCCGACGAAAUCGAAACCGAGAAAGUCGUAGAAAGUCGGCGCGAGGCAGAAGCGCACCGCGAACAGAUUCGCGGGACGAUCGAGGAAUCGCGCGUGUCCGAUACGAACGUGAAGGAGCGGAGUCUAGUCGAUUCGGAGGACACUUUGGUCGACGAGAAAUGCGUUACCAGUAAAAUGAAUUCGACCGAUGGAAAGGAUAGAUACGACCGAGCUAAACGAUUGGUGAGGUCGUUGAAGUACGGACGAAAACGGUACGGGGAGUCGGAUAGCUACGACGCGGGAAUCGCCUCCAUGUCGGGAUCUUAUUCCGAUCCUGAAUGCUCCAACGACACCCUCUCGAGUAACUCACCGAGAUGGAAGAACGGACGUCAGAAGUUGCAGAAACACCGAUUUGGGAAAGCAUGGGAUAAAAUGAGAAAUUGGUUACGGGACGAGACGACGAGGAUCAACGAGGUGGUGAACAAGCACGCCAGGUUGCAGGCUGUCGGUGCUUUAACCGGAGAAGCUCGUGUUCCCUCGAAGAACAGCAGCGCGUCUUACGAUCUGACCAAAGCCAGUACUCAAGAACUCGGAUCGAUCACUAAGGUGGAGGAGUUCGGUUUGGCAUCGGUCUCGGAAGAGAACGCGAUACGUUUGUCGGAAGAUAGUGAUAUUACUUUAAUAAAGACGAGCAAGAGUUCGAAUAAUUUAAGACAAGCUGUUGGUAGUUCGAACGACGUCUUCCAAGAGGAGGGGAAAGAGAAAAUUGUUCCGAUUUCCUCUUACAGUAUGGACAAACUGUGCUCCGAUACGGAACACGAAGAGCACGCGAUCGUAGAGAUCGAGAACAACAGGGAUCAUGCUCGGAAAGCAGGUCUGAUUAAGAGGAGAAUGCUGGGGUCAAUCAGAGGGUUAAUGGCCUCUACUCAUCUACUGCACGUUCACGAGCCCGAAGAGGGUGGACAAGGCGGUUUCGAGGAUGUUCGACGGUACGUGAAACAAGGCGGGGAUUUCUGCAAGGAAUUGGCGUCGAUACUUCACGAAAGAGCGGAACUGGAAGCUAAUUAUGCCAAAGGGCUCAGCAAACUGAGCAUUAAAUUAACGAAGGCGUGCGCGAAGGAUCAAGGUGGUAACAGCGCCGGAGGUGUGAACGAGGCAUGGAGAUGCGUCGGCGAGGAGAUGGAAGCUGCUGCGGAAGCCCACAGGAUCUGGGGAUUAACGCUCGGCGAGCAACUUGCCAAACCCCUGCGAGUGGGCGUAGCAGAGGCUCAAGGACGCUCGAGGAAAUCCAUCGAGAAUUCCGUUGACAAGGCGGGGAAAAGUCUUCACGAGUGGCGAAAUGUCGCGACGAAAAGUAAGAAACAAAGUUUCUCUAGCGCGAGAGAAAACGAGAGGUUGCAGGAUCUGGCUCGGUUACAAUCGAUCAGCCAGAGCCAGCAGAGCAACAACAAAUCCUCGAACCAUCAUAUGACGGAGAAGGAGGCGAGCAAACUCGAGGCGAGGAGGAGAAAGGCCGAGGACUCGUCUCGUAGGGCGGAUACCGAGUUUUACACGGUGAGCGUGAGAGCCGAGAGAGCCAGGCUCGAAUACGAAAGUACCAUGAGGAAGGGGGCUAAACAAAUGGAACUCCUCGAGGAAGAACGACUGAGCGCUCUAAAAGAUUUAGCCAACGUUUAUCUGGCUCACCUGCAAGCUCUGGCUCCCCGUCUGCAACAGAGUGCAGACCGUUUGGCAGCUCCAGUACGCAACUGCAACGUGUCUCAAGACAUUGAGAUCCUGAAGAAUCUUAUUCGCAGAGUAGAGAGCAACGACGGAUGCAAUUCCGAUCAAUUGCUCCCUGAUUUCUACGCCGAGCACGUUACCCUAGCGAUGAACAGAGAGCGUCGAAAGCAGGCGUUAGUAAGAGUUCUUCAUCUAAUCAGGCAGGACUUGGAUCGCGAAAGACGCGGCAGAGAGGGCCUGGAAACUCUCCACAGAGCUUUCGUCGCGACACCGGCAUUCGCGGCUGACGAAAGCACGCAGAAUGUCACGGAGAAACUACAUCAUAUGCGAUCCAUGUUGUUGUAUCUAGAAGCGGCGAGGUACAAAGUUGGAGGCACCUUGGCGGAAGUGGAAGGUAGUAAACGCGGUAAACAUCCGUUAGCCGAGCACAUUUUGGUUUCCAGGGAUAAACAGGGUCUGCAACAAAGUGUCCUUAAAAUUCCUUCGUGGGCAAAGAACGAAUCGUUCGAGAUUCAAGACGACGAGGACGAGAUAGAUGUUCAUUUGUCGAAAACAGAUCACGACACCGACAGUCGUCACUGGGCCGAUCGAACGGCCGGGGACGGAAACUCCGAGAACCCACCCGAUGAAGAUGACUUCAGCGACUUCGACGAGUUCAGCAGUCAUUCCGAGGACAAUAACAAUCAAGACGUGGACGCUGCCGAAACGACGAGCAAAUCUGAUGGAACGGAACAGUGUAGGGCGAUCUAUCAAUACUCGGCGAACUUGAACGACGAGCUUAGCUUGAACCCCGGAGACUUGAUAACGGUGCAUCAGAAGCAACCGGAUGGUUGGUGGAUAGGCGAGUGUAGAGGAAGAACUGGAAUAUUUCCCGCCACCUACGUUCAAGUUAUUCACUGAUCCAUCGAAGAACAUUGUUUCUUUCUGGGAUCAAUUGCUUAAACAUCUUGUGAAAAAUAAAGAUGUUUAAUAAGCAGAAACUUACACUUCGGGUUUAAAAGAAGAAGAACUGAGAAUGAUAAUUAAACGGAUCAAAAAAGGUACCAAAGCACACUUCAAUCUCGAGUGUGACGAUUAUAAACGUUAACAUCGAUCGUUUGAAUUAAAACAUUCGAUGUUGAACUGUAUCGUUCGUAUCUCGACGUGGUUCUUAAGUUCGCGUGCCAAUAAUAGUAGAUAUGCAAAAACCAAACUUAAGGCCAAGUUGUUAAUAUAUUUGAUGAAGUGAUAAAUCGUAAUCUGAAAAAAAGAAAAAUA